AUGGACUCCCUGCACACCAGCGUCCUGGCUCAGAGCCUGCUGCUGGACUGCCUCCAUAGUGAGCCGGGAGCCCGGGCCGAGCUGCUGCUGUUCCCCAGCGGGGUGUGUGAUGGGAUGGUGAGUGAGAGCAAGGAGGAGAACCCUCAGCAGGAAGGUCCUGAGCAAGUGGAACCAUACGAGACGCUGUCAGGAGAUGCUGAAAAGAACAUUUUCCAGAAUCCUGGGCAGGGAGAAGCCCAUGAGAGUCAGCAGGGAAACCAGCUGGAGGAGAGACAGGGUGAAUUUGCACAUCAUGUGGGAGCUCUCAAGCACAGCACGGAUGGUAGGAUGCUCCCCAUAGGUGAGAACCGGAGCACCUGCACUGAAUGUGGGAAGCAGUUCAGCCGGAGCUCAUAUCUGGUGCAGCACCAACGGGUGCACACGGGGGAGCGUCCCUAUACCUGCGCCAUCUGCGGGAAGAGCUUUGCUGUCAGCUCUGCCCUGCUCCGGCACCAGCGCACUCACACAGGUGAGCGGCCCUACCAGUGCUCCGACUGCCAGUGCAGUUUCAGCUGCAGCUCCCACUUGAUGCAGCACCGGCGCUGCCACGCACAGGAAGAGUCCUGCCAGGGGCUUGGCUUGCCGGGUGAGCGCCCCUUCGCCUGCCUGGACUGCUGGCGGACAUUCAGCCAGAGCUCGGACCUGGUGCAGCACCAGCGGGUGCACACGGGUGAGCGCCCCUACGCAUGCACCGACUGUGGGAAGAUCUUUGGCUGCAGCUCACACCUGCAGCAGCACCGGCGCACACAUACUGGGGAGCACCCCUAUGCCUGCCAGGAUUGUGGGCACUGCUUCAGCGAUGGCUCCUACCUCAUCAAGCACCAGCGCACCCACACUGGUGAGAAACCCUACACCUGCCCUGACUGUGGCAAGGGUUUCAGCGUCAGCUCCCAGCUGGUUCGGCACCAGCGCGUCCACACUGGGGAGCGGCCCUACGCCUGCUGGGACUGCGGGAAAAGCUUCAGCCAGGGCACGGACCUGGCCACCCACCAGCGGUCCCACACGGGUGAGCGUCCCUACGCCUGCCCUGACUGCGGGAAGGGCUUCAGCGACAGCUCCUCCCGCAUCCGGCACCACCGGCUGCACAAGGAAAAUAAACCCUAUAAAUGCUUGGACUGUGGGAAAAGUUUCAAUCGGCGCUCCGUACUUAUUAACCAUGAGAGAAUCCACACUGGAGAGAGACUGUAUAAAUGCUUGGACUGUGGGAAAAGCUUCAGUCACUUCAGUCAGCGCUCAGGCCUUAUUAACCAUGGUAAAAUCCACACUGGAGAGAGACCCUAUAAAUGCUUGGACUGUGGGAAAAGCUUCGAUCGGAGUUCAAAUCUUACUACCCAUCGGAGAGUGCACACAGGAGAGAGACCGUAUAAAUGCCUUGAGUGUGGGAAAAGUUUUAGUCAGCUCUCAGGCCUUAUUAGCCAUGGGAGAAACCACACGGGAGAGAGACCAUAUAAAUGCCUUGAGUGUGGGAAAAGUUUUGGUGUACCAUCUUCCCUUAUUAUACAUCAGAGGACCCACACAGGAGAGAAACCCUAUAAAUGUUUGGACUGUGGGAAAAGCUUCAGUCAGCGCUCACGCCUUAUUAGCCAUGAGAUAAUCCACACGGGAGAAGGACCAUAUAAAUGCCUUGAGUGUGGGAAAAGUUUCAGUGCACCAUCUGUUCUUAUUAUACAUCAGAGGACCCACACAGGAGAGAAACCCUAUAAAUGCUUGGACUGUGGGAAAAGCUUCAGUCAGCGCUCAGUCCUCAUUACUCAUAGGAGAAUCCAUACAGGAGAAGGACCAUAUAAAUGUCUCGAGUGUGGGAAAAGUUUCAGUGUACCAUCAGCCCUUCUCAUACAUCAGAGGACCCACACGGGAGAGAAACCUUAUAAAUGCUUGGUCUGUGGGAAAAGCUUCAGUCGGAGCUCACAUCUCAUUAGCCAUGGGAGAAUCCACACUGGAGAGGGACCAUAUAAAUGCUUGGACUGUGGGAAAAGCUUCAGUCAGCACUCAGUCCUUAUUAACCAUGGGAGAAUACACACAGGAGACGGACCAUAUAAAUGCCUCGAGUGUGGGAAAAGUUUCAGUGUACCAUCAGCCCUUCUUAUACACCAGAGAACCCACACAGGAGAGAGACCCUAUAAGUGUUUGGAGUGUGGGAAGAGCUUCAGUCAGCGCUCAGGCCUUAUUAGCCAUGGGAGAAUCCACACAGAAGAGAGACCCUAUAAAUGCUUGGACUGUGGAAAAAGCUUCAAACGGAGCUCAAAUCUUAUUAUUCAUCGGAGAUUGCACACAGGAGAGAGACCCUAUAAAUGCUUAGACUGCGGAAAAAGCUUCAGUCAACGCUCAGGCCUUAUUAGCCAUGGGAGAAUCCAUACAGGAGAAAGACCCUAUAAAUGCUCGCACUGUGGGAAAAGCUUCAGUCAGCGCUCAGUCCUUAUUAACCAUUUGAGAACCCACACAGGAGAGAGACCCUAUAAAUGCUCGGACUGUGGGAAAAGCUUCAAUCGGAGCUCAAAUCUUAUUACCCAUCGGAGAUUGCACACAGGAUAGAGACUGUAAAAAUACCUUGAGUGUGGGAAAAACUUCCGUGAGAGCUCAAAACAUCAGGACAGAAAAAAUAUAAGUGCCUCCACUGUGGGGUAAGUUUCAUUCAAAGAUCAAACCUUGCUUCAUAUCAGAUAUUCUACACAAGAGAGAAACCCCAUAAGUGCUUGGAUGAUGGGAAAAUCUUCAAUAACUGCAGGAAAAAAUGCAGUCUGAGCUCACACAUUAUUCCACAUUCAAUAAUUCACAGAAGAAAGACCUUGAAUGUGAUGGAAGCGUCAUUUGGUGCUCACAUCAGUGACUUCUCUACAUAGGAGAUAAAUUCUCUCACUGCCUUGACUAGGGCUGGCCAUAGUAAAAACUCCAUUUCCCAAUUCCCACACACCUCAGUGGCAUGUGGCUCCCAGAUAUCCAGUGCCCAUGCCUGGGGGCAGGUUCCAGCAGCAGCUGACCUUGAGCUGUUCAGGGAGCCCCUGUCUUUGCCUUGUUUAAGCAAACCACAGGCAGAGGAGGAGAAGUACCGAUCAGCCCCUGCUGCAGCCCUGGCUGCUGAACUGAUGGGCCUUCCUGCCUCCUGCUAACCUGCUGGGGGAGGGGAGAGAGAAACUCCUAUAGAAGUUCCCUCUGCCUGGAUGAAGUUCUCCUGUCUCUGUUCCCUUCCCAGAUGUGAUGCCCCUUCCAUGGAGAUGAGGGAAGGGAUACUUGAGCCAGGCUCCACAUUCACUCUGGACACUUGUGCCCACUCCCCAUUUUCCAGCAGUCCCUGAGCUGGACUUCCCCACUUAUCUGGAGUUGGUCCCUGCAGAGUGAGUGUCCCUGGAGGUUGCCAACUCUUCCCCUCCCUAAAUCCACUAAUGUGCUAGGUUCUGGGAGAUCAAAUGAGAAAGGACCAGGAGGGAUGGGUUUUGGGGAGGAAACUGGGGGAUUGUAUGGUUGGGGCUGGUGGAUGUGAGAUGCAGAGGGUGCUGGGGAAAUCAAAUGUUAGGGAUCAUGGGAUAAGAGAGGAGAGUAAAGAGAAGAGAGCUGGUGCCUCUUAUCACUCACUCCCUCUGUCCCUUUUCCCUUCCCUCUCUGCAUUUGGAAAGCACCACUGAGAGGACUGAUUUCCACAGGGUCCUUUGUGGAAUGCCUAAAGGCCUAAGGAUCCUGUUACCCCAAAAUUUGGACCCAAGGUGCCCUAAUAAUGGCCUCCCUAUAACUACAAACCAGUUGUGAAUUUGGCCCAUCUCAAUGGGUGGACUGCCCUAGAGGAAUUGCCUGUGUUUUAUCAGGGAGUGAGUCUCUAACCCUUAGCCGACUCCUCAGAACAGAUUAGUUCUGUUUACUCUGGGAGGAUAUGUAUACAGCCCUCCGCUCAAAGGAUUGACACUCAAGCAGUAAUCAUUUGAAAACAAAAUAACAUUUAUUUAAACAAAUCAGUUAGUGUACUUGAUAAUUGAUAAAAUACAAUGCAACACAAGCUACAGUAGAGCGACACAAUAAACUACAUGACUCAUAUAGCAGAUACAAUGUUGCACAAUUCAGUACACAGACCAAUAUGUAUAAAGUCUUAAUACAAUGUUGCACUAUUUUAUCAACCUAUUACAAUGUAACAUACAGAUCCCUUAUACAUAUGUAUAGAACAGCAUUACAAUAUUACAUGUUAAAUUACAUUAUUAAGUAAUAACAUUCUAUGAGUGAUGAUCAGUCAGUCAUAGAAUAGGUGGGGUAAAAUCCAUUCAGACGCAGACAUCCAGCUUUAUUUACAAUCAUACCCCUGAAUUCCUUAUAAUCAAGAGAGGUUUCAGAGAGUUAUACUUACGUUCCAUUUUCUUAAAUCCUUCUGUCUGGUCUCGGUCAGGACUGGCUUUAUUAGCUGCGGGGCCUGAUUCAAAUACCCGGCGGUGGUCCGGGGCUUCGGCAGCACUUCAGCGGCAGGGGAUGUGCUCUG